AUGUUUGCAACUACUGUACCGUAUCUGAUGUGUCAGCAAGUGGCCAAGUUUUCCGUCGCUCUCCCUCCCAUUCCCCGUAUCCUCUCCCUCACUCUCCGCCGUCACCUCUCCCUCCCACUCCGCCAUCGCCUCUUCCUCCCACCUCACAAUCACUCCGUCCCACCCCGCCAUCUCCUCUCCCUUACCUCCCCACCGUCGCCUCUCCCUCCUCCCCACUGUUGCCUCUCCCUCCUCCGCGCCGUCGCCUCUCCCUCCUCUGCGCCGUCGCCUCUCCCUCCUCCGCGCCGUCGCCUCUGCCUCCUCCGCGCCGUCGCCUCUGCCUCCUCCGCGCCGUCGCCUCUCCCUCCUCCGCGCCGUCGCCUCUCCCUCCUCCGCGCCGUCGCCUCUCCCUCCUCCGCGCCGUCGCCUCUCCCUCCUCCGCGCCGUCGCCUCUGCCUCCUCCGCGCCGUCGCCUCUGCCUCCUCCGCGCCGUCGCCUCUCCCUCCUCCGCGCCGUCGCCUCUCCCUCCUCCGCGCCGUCGCCUCUCCCUCCUCCGCGCCGUCGCCUCUCCCUCCUCCGCGCCGUCGCCUCUGCCUCCUCCGCGCCGUCGCCUCUCCCUCCUCCGCGCCGUCGCCUCUCCCUCCUCCGCGCCGUCGCCUCUCCCUCCUCCGCGCCGUCGCCUCUCCCUCCUCCCCGCCGUCGCCCUCCCUCCUACCCGCCGUCCCGCCCGGAGCGCAAGCGCGGAUUGGUGCGCAAGCGCAGAUUGGUGCGCAAUCGCGGGUUGGUGCUUAA